GGCUACGAGAGCCGCGUUGGCAAGCUCCGUCACCUUCAUCUUGUCAAUCCCGUCCACUCCAUAAUACGACCUUACAAUCUCAACAAGCGGCUUGACAAGCAGCAGCAGCAGCAGCGCGAGAACUGCUAUCAGAAACUGACCACACCCCCUCGCACGCCUUCGACCUCGUGAGACGUGCAUCGUCGUUUGGACACAGGCAGCUGGCGGCCUCAAGCUGGACCAUCUUUUCGCAUUGUCCCCCCCUUCCGCCAUCGAUACACGCCGCCUUACUUGGCCCGACUCUUCGAGAUGAAUGUCGAUACGAUCCCCGACUUCCUUGCCGAGCAGCGGGACCAAACAUUAGAGGAGCUGCAGCCCCUUGUGCUGGACUUUGAGAACUUCUGGGAACGGAAGCUCUGGCACCAGCUCACUGACGCCCUUGCGCAAUUCUUCGAUCAUCCUGGCAGCGCCCCGCAGCGCUUGCCGUUCUACAAGGUCUUUGUUCUCAAAUUCGCCGACAAAGUUAACCAAUUGAAGCUGGUGGACCUGGCCCUGAAGGCCGCGACGCAAUGCAAAGACGAUAGAGAGCGCUUGACGUUUUUACAGGCGGUUGCGAAGAAGGUGGAUAAUGAGAAUUCGCAGGAUGCGCUUGUGUUCGCCUCAGUCGCUGUCGCACGCGUAAAGCUCAGCUUGAACGACCUAGAUGAUGCGAGGAAAGACUUGGACGCCGCUGAAAGAAUACUGGACACGUUCGAUUCUGUCGAGACUAUAGUUCACGCAGCAUUCUACGAUGCGAACGCAAGCUACUACCAGCGCAAGAUGGACUUUGCCAACUACUACCGAAACGCUCUUCUCUAUCUGGCCUGCAUCGAUCUAUCGUCCUUGUCCCCCGAGGAGCGUCACAGGAGAGCGUACUAUCUCAGCGUAGCUGCGCUGGUCUCCAAUAGCAUCUACAACUUCGGCGAGCUGCUUCUUCACCCUAUUCUAGAUGCUCUUGCUCAAAACGAGGAUGAUGCUUGGCUGCGCGAGCUACUUUUCGCCUACAAUCGUGGCGAUUUGGCCGCGUACGAUGUUCUGUCCGACAACAUUGCCUCCAACAAGCUGUUGAGCGAACAUUCUACCCACCUCCGACAGAAAAUCUACCUCGCAGCGCUGACGGAAGCUGUAUUCCGCCGCCCGCCCCAUGACCGGACCAUGACUUUCUCAACCAUCUCCCACGAAACCAAGGUUCGGCCGGAUGAGAUCGAACACCUCAUCAUGAAAGCGCUGAGCCUCGGCUUGCUGCGGGGAACAAUCGACCAAGUCGACGAGGUCGCCCAAAUCACGUGGGUACAACCGAAGGUCCUUGACAUGAAGCAGAUUGGCAAUAUGCGGGAGAGGCUGCUUGAUUGGGACUCGAAUGUCAAUCAGCUGGGCAACUGGAUUGAGACGGCUGGGAAGGACGUCUGGGCCGCAUGAAGCGGGGCGGGAUAGAGAUUGAGCGUGGCACCCGCCAGAUUUGACUGGCUAAGACAUGCAGCGGUCCGAGAGCUAGACUUUGUACAGUAUGACUUUCAAUAGACACGACCGUCUACAGUUGGUGUCAAGCCUCCAUAUUUAUUGCAGCGUCGUCAACCACACAAAACAAUGCGCUGCUACAAUUCGAC